AGUUUCUAGAAUCUCUUCCCAGCAGCCUUUGCGGUUCCAACAUGGCGGAGCUGACGGUGGAGGUUCGCGGCUCCAACGGGGCUUUCUACAAGGGAUUUAUCAAAGAUGUCCACGAAGACUCCCUCACAGUUGUUUUUGAAAAUAAUUGGCAACCAGAACGCCAGGUUCCGUUUAAUGAAGUUCGAUUACCACCACCACCUGAUAUAAAAAAGGAAAUUAGUGAAGGAGAUGAAGUAGAGGUAUAUUCAAGAGCAAAUGACCAAGAGCCAUGUGGAUGGUGGCUGGCUAAAGUUCGGAUGAUGAAAGGAGAGUUUUAUGUCAUUGAAUAUGCUGCUUGUGAUGCCACUUACAAUGAAAUAGUCACAUUUGAACGACUUCGGCCUGUCAAUCAAAAUAAAACUGUCAAAAAAAAUACCUUCUUUAAGUGCACAGUGGAUGUUCCUGAGGAUUUGAGAGAAGCGUGUGCUAAUGAAAAUGCCCAUAAAGAUUUUAAGAAAGCAGUAGGAGCGUGCAGAAUUUUUUAUCAUCCUGAAACUACCCAGCUAAUGAUACUGUCGGCCAGUGAAGCGACUGUGAAGAGAGUAAAUAUCUUAAGUGAUAUGCAUUUGAGAAGUAUUCGCACGAAGUUGAUGCUUAUGUCCAGAAAUGAAGAGGCCACUAAGCAUUUAGAAUGCACAAAACAACUUGCAGCAGCUUUUCAUGAAGAAUUUGUGGUGAGAGAAGAUUUAAUGGGCCUGGCAAUAGGAACGCAUGGUAGUAACAUCCAGCAAGCCAGGAAGGUUCCUGGAGUUACUGCCAUUGAGUUAGAUGAAGACACCGGAACAUUUAGAAUCUAUGGAGAGAGUGCUGAGGCUGUAAAAAAAGCUAGAGGGUUCUUAGAAUUUGUGGAAGAUUUUAUUCAAGUUCCCAGGAAUCUUGUUGGAAAAGUAAUUGGAAAAAACGGCAAAGUUAUUCAAGAAAUAGUGGAUAAAUCUGGUGUGGUUCGAGUAAGAAUUGAAGGAGACAAUGAAAAUAAACUACCUAGAGAAGACGGAAUGGUUCCAUUUGUAUUUGUUGGCACUAAAGAAAGUAUUGGAAAUGUGCAAGUUCUUCUAGAGUAUCACAUUGCUUACUUAAAGGAAGUGGAACAACUAAGAAUGGAACGCCUGCAGAUUGAUGAACAGCUGCGACAGAUUGGUAUGGGUUUCAGACCUUCUUCCACCAGAGGGCCUGAAAAAGAGAAAGGCUAUGCCACUGAUGAAAGUACCGUCUCUUCUGUACAAGGUUCUAGGUCUUAUAGUGGAAGAGGCAGAGGUCGUCGGGGCCCCAAUUACACCUCCGGUUAUGGUACAAAUUCUGAGCUGUCUAACCCCUCGGAAACAGAAUCUGAGCGUAAAGAUGAGCUGAGUGAUUGGUCAUUGGCAGGAGAAGAUGAUCGAGAGACUCGACAUCAGCGGGACAGCAGGAGACGCCCGGGAGGAAGAGGCAGAAGUGUAUCUGGGGGACGAGGUCGUGGUGGACCACGUGGUGGCAAAUCCUCCAUCAGUUCUGUGCUCAAAGAUCCAGACAGCAAUCCAUACAGCUUACUUGAUAAUACAGAAUCAGAUCAGACUGCAGACACUGACGCCAGCGAAUCUCACCACAGUACUAACCGUCGUAGGCGGUCUCGUAGACGAAGGACUGAUGAAGAUGCUGUUCUGAUGGAUGGAAUGACUGAAUCUGAUACAGCCUCAGUUAAUGAAAAUGGGCUAGUCACAGUUGCAGAUUAUAUUUCUAGAGCUGAGUCUCAGAGCAGACAAAGAAACCUCCCAAGGGAAACUUUGGCUAAAAACAAGAAAGAAAUGGCAAAAGAUGUGAUUGAAGAGCAUGGUCCUUCAGAAAAGGCAAUAAAUGGUCCAACUAGCGCUUCUGGCGAUGAAAUUCCUAAGCUACCGCGUACUCCAGGAGAAGAAAAGACUAAGACCUUAAAAGAAGAGAACACUCAAGAAGCAGCAGUCCUGAAUGGUGUUUCAUAACUGAAGGAAGUUCCUAGUUUACAGUUCUUUUACAUUACAGUUACAAUAGUGCUUGUACAAGCUUGCCAAAGAUAGAAUACGGAUCGCCAGUCUUACAUCGCACUUUCAGUUCCUCCAUUUGGAAUUCAGAAAGGGGAGGGAUCCUGAAGAAAUCAUAUGUUAAACAUACUUUGACACCUACUGUGUUAAAAAUAUAUCAUCAGAUGUGCCUUGAGAAUAGUAUAUGUAACAUUAAAAAAAGUUGCUGGCUAUAGGAAAUGUUAUUUUGUUUUCAAAAUAUGGCAGAGAUGGGGGGGAGGUGGGUGGGGUUGGGGGUCCCUAACGUAAUAUUCUUUAUGAAAGCAUUAGCUGCUUUUGUUACAUUUUAAAUAAUAUGCAACCACUUCUUCACCCGAGGAAAACUAGAAUGAAGCAGUCUAAAAUAUUUUGCACUGAAUUGUAAUUUCUUCUUAGUUUAGUCUGGAAACUGGUCUGUUUAAUGUGUUUUUUAAAUGCUGUUUGUAGAGGCAAUUCUGCAGACCACUGGAAAUACAUGUUAACUCAUCUGCAGGGAUACUGGGUGAUAUUGGCAGUGACUGUUCUACAUUGAGGCUUUGUUUGGUUUAUUUAUUAAAGUGUACAGUAUUUAAAAAUCAAACAUAGCUUUAGUUGAAACACUACGCUGAUUAGUCAUGUCCAUUCAGACAUAGCCUGAACUACUGAAAAGAUCCAUUUCCAGAAGGUUGUUCUGUAUAAAAUACAUGUUUAGUCUUCAGUAGAGUACCUUUCACAUUUUCUUUCUACCGUUUUUUUUCCUUUUUCCCCCCCUUUUUUGAUUUUGGUUGUUUGAUGUGCAAUAUGUUUUUGUAUGCAGGUAGUAAAAUAAACUUUGAUCUUCCAUUUGCUGAUUUUUAACUUUCUACUUUUUAUGCCAAUUGUUUCAAAGUAGUAAGGAGUACUUACAGGCCUAGAAUAGAUAGCGUUCUUUGAUUGCUUUUCAGAAGCAUUUACUUUGUUUCUCAGAUUUAGUGUUAAAAAUCUAACCAUUUAAUCAUUCCUAUUGAACCCUUCAGAGUCUUGACACUUAAAGUUUUGGCUAGUAAAUAAUUUAGGAAAUAUUAGAUGUUAGAGAAACAUCUUUGUAUUAAAUUCUAAUCAAAGGCAAUUUGUGGAAGAUAUGGGAGGCAGAAGAUAAGCUUUUCACUUUUGCCUUUAGUUCUUUAUUAAAAACUAUUUUUAAAGUAUGGUAAGCAGUUUUUAAUAGGCCAAUAAUGUGCUUUUUGAGUGAUACAUGAUUUUGAAGGUUUUCAUAUCAGUUAUUGAAAAAUCAGUAAUUAAAAGUUUAAUGAGCUUUCAUUUAGAAAGACUUAAUUUUAUGAAUCAAUUUUCAGGUGGAAGUUUAAUGAAAAUAUAUUUCCAUUUAUGGACUUUUUUUUGCUCCCCCUGGUUAUGUGUCAUUUAAAGGUUUUUAUGUGCAUAAUUUGUUAAUUAUGUCCAUAAAAAUGAUGAACUUGUUUUGUAAAUGAACGAUAAUUCACAUAUAGUUAUAAAUGGGCCAUUGUCUACUAGAUGUGUGUAGCCGUUCCCUAUCACUUACAUUCUAAUUGAUAUUAAAUAUGCACUGAUAGUAUAUUUAAAAAAAAUCUAUAAAGUACAGAUAAUAGAACUUUGAAGUGAGUUAUGUGUAGUGAAAUUCUUGCACUCUGUAUAGAACAUGGUAUACCAGAGUAAAUAACCAUAACCCCAUUUUCAAAGUAUUGAAAACAAGUUUAAUAAUUAGCUUUUUAAUUCCUUGGUUCAUUGUGCACUGGUCACAAAUUUAACCAUGAGUUGUUGGACAAAGAAUUUUGUGUCUCUUGGGACUUGAAGUGUUUUACCAUUAAGCUACAUCCCUACCCCACAAAGACGUUAAUUCCCAGGCUGGGAAAUAUGACACUAAGAAAGUAUAAUUUUUUUAAUUUUCAUAUCAAAUUCCCUAAGCUCUUUUGGUCAUAACUAUCUUUAAAAUUUAGGAUAGCUGAAACACUUGAGGAUUUAGUAAUAACUCUUUAGGAGCUGAGAUUUCGUUACUUGGGGGAAAAAAAAAACACCCAGUGUGACUUAACCCAAUAGACACCAAAGAAUUGUAAGUUUUUGGGUUUUUGUUUUUCUUACAGAAGGAUUGGUCAGAGUUUUAUUUAGUGUCAGUAAAAAGCCACCUCCCCAGAGGUAACAUGUUGAUUCAGGUUGUUUUCUGGUGUUUUAGCUGCCAGCCUGGUUAAAUUAUGCGUGAGAAUCCUUGUUCUGGUACAUACUACACAAAAUGUGAAAUCCGGAAAGUGUAUUCUGAAAGGGUAUGUGCAGCCCAAAGCACUGGUGUAGAUACCCCAUGGGAUUCCAUCUAACCCUGACCUGAUUGUGAAGUAUGAAUGCAGACUAUUGUAGGGUCAAAAAUGAUCAGGCUUUCCUGAAUUUCCUUAGGGGGAAGAAAGUCCAAGUAGAGAUACAAAAAUAAAUUUCUAAUGUGGAAUUCA